AUGACCGUCACCCUCCCUGCCAAUGUGCACCACGUGCACAACACCACCUUCACAGCCCUCCUCGAAAACCUCCGCCAACGCGGCCUCAAGCCCUCCGAGGUGCGCUCGCUGGUCCAAACGGUAGCCGUGAUCGUCGUCCUCCGUUCCGGGCUUGCCAUGUUCGACGGUUUCAUGGACAGCCUGCCCCAGAACCUCUCGACAGCAGUCUACCACCUGGGUAUUUUCCGAGAUCAGACGACGCUGCAGCCGGUGGAGUAUUACAAUAAACUGCCGCUCAAGCCGGCGCAGAUCAAACAGGCGGUGGUGCUGGAUCCGUUGAUCGCGACGGGUGGGACGGCGGCGGCGGUUGUUGCGAUCUUGCAAGAAUGGGGCCUGGAGAAGGUAACUUUCCUGUCCAUGCUCUCCACGCCAACGGGGUUGUCUCACGCAGCCGGAGUGUGGCCGGAGGGGAGUCGCUUUGUGGUAGGCGCAGUAGAUCCGGAGGUGAAUGCGAAGGGAUAUAUCCGGCCUGGGGUAGGAGAUAUCGGGGAUCGGCUGUUUGGGACGGUGUUCUGAUCUUAAGUAGAGAUAGUCAAGCAAAUAAAAUUUACAAG